AACGAAUGGAAUGGAUCGUUCCGAGUUCUGCACUGCGGUGACGUUGUUGGCAGUGCUGUUCGUAACAGCCAACUGCCAAGGCGAGCCAAGAGAAUGGACAUCUGCUUUCGGCAGGUGGACCACACCAUCGACUACUUCGACGACGAAAAUUCACCACAUCGAGCAAAACCGUCCAGUUUCGAUCUGUGACGAUAAGUGCUGUGAAUGCUUUAACAAUAAAAGUCGUGUCGAAUGUACGUCAUCAUCCACCUGUAAGGAAUUCGUUUUGAAUCAGAACAAUCGUCUACCAAAAGAAGCCAAAACAGUCAUUAUUACAGGGUUUCAUCGGUUAAAGGUGACCAAGGGCAGCCUAGAUUAUUCACAGAACCUGCAAUUACUAACCAUCGAGCGGGUUGAACAGAUUGAAACCGAACCUUACGCACUGUCUCAACCUUCUUGCAGUUCUGGCUGGCGACAUUCUUUACGGCCGACAUUGUUCAUUAACGCAAGUUCCAUUGCUAAUUUAAAGCGAAGAACUUUAACCGGUGCGUGGAAUGAAAUUAUCAUCAGCCAUUCCAAUGUGAAGUUGGUUGAAUCGGAGAGUUUCUUCAAUGUAUCUUGUUUGAAGAAGUUAACGAUAGAGGGCAACUCUAUAAUGGAAAUAAAGAGUAAGGCCUUGUCCGAUAGUGAGGCUCAAUAUUUAGUGAUUAAGAGCAAUGAGAUCAGAUCAAUCGAAAACGGCGCUUUCCACGUGAAUGUAACGGACUCUGCCACUAUUGCAUCGAACAAAUUAAACGAUAUCCAAUCGGAAGCUUUCGUUUUGCACACUCCUCGGAUUUUCAAAUUUCUUAACAAUACAGUGGGCAACCUAUAUCCAUAUGCUUUUCAGCUGGCGGCAAAGGAGAAGAUUGAUUUUAUAUCCAACACCUUCAAGAGGAUCGCUCGUCACGCAUUCCAUGCAAUAAAAACCAUGGGCAGUGCCAAGAUCACCAUUGCCAUAACAAUUGAGAAGUUUGACAACGGAGCAUUUGAUCUAAAUGAAUCGCUCUUAAAUUCUUCGCUGCAGAAAGUCGACAUCAAGAUGAUCGAGAUUUGCGACUGCAGAUUAGAAAUUCUUCUCGACACUCUCUUCAGCACUCAUGGCGAUCCCAAACGGAAAGAAGGCACAAACGUCCGUAGUAUUAUCCGAGAUUCGGUUUCGUGCAAAACAGACAAAGGAAUGGAAAAAUUCUUAAUCUUUGCUCUUUUUCAUGGUUGCCAGUCGUCUACAGUGUUGUUUGCUUCCAUUGGGGGUGUCACAUUAGUAGUUUUAUUGCUAUUUGGCAUAGGUGUAACACUGGUGGUUCGUCGAAAGAAAAAAUUUCGUCGCUCGAAUACGGGAACAUCUAAAGUGUGGAUGAUGCAUGCCUACACGGAGUCAGAAUGUAAAGUCGACGAAGAGUUUGUCCAUCCUUUAGAAACAGUUGGAGAAAAUGGACCCGUAUUGUUCACUAAUCAAAGCGAAAAGGGUUCCUGACUUCAAUGCCGACAUUUGGAACGAACGAUCAGAUGGUGAUUUACACGAGGGCGGAAUCAAAGAAAUUUGGAAAAGAAGAAAUUGGCUUUUCCCGCCAUUCAUGUUAAUGUAAAAUAUAGCACGGCGCAGGCUCGUACGCUC